UGUAAAUGAGUCAUGUUUCUUUCUUUUUUUGGCAGCCAAAUAAUAUCAAUGAUGUUUAAUGAGGAUGGAGGCCUGGUGAUCAACAAAAAUGGAUACAUUGUGAGAGAAUGGGCAUGGCCUUCAAAGGGAAAACUUGAUGAUCCUGUUGAAAUUUUGGUGAAUGCAUUCAUCACUGUGAAGAUUUCUGGGCGCUUUGCCAUCUCCUUGGUCUACAAAUGGCAUCCUCAAAGCCUAAAGCUGUCUCUGGCACCUGUAAAACGCAGGCCCUCCAUGUUUCCUCCACACACCCCUGAGACACGUUCAAGUUUAUCAGGUGCAGCGGAUACUGCUACAUUUGAUACAGCAAUGGACAUAAGCCCUAUGUCUGACAUUGCGACAGUUAUUAAAUUAAGAAGACUACAGAGAAAAGCCAAGCACAUCCUAUUUGACUGGCUGGAUUACUACAGAUUUUCAUUGGGAAUAGAAUGUCUGCACAUGUGCAAAGUGCCCAGGUUUCCACCAAAAGUGGUCAGGAAACAAGAAGUCUCCCCAGCAGAAUUUCUUCUGAAACCAAGUGCAAAGGAAAAAGAUGAGAAUAAGGAGUAUCUUCUAUACCGAAACACCUUCCUAAAACUGAAGGGUGUCUUUCAGCCUUCGCCUCUCCCCUGCAUCCCGAAGACCCCAGCCAGCAAGUGUUCCUUCAGGCUUCCCCUUCCCAUUCAGAGCAAGGAUGGGCAGUUUCCUCCCCAUCUGGCUUGUCCUGUGGUCCUAAGGAGAAUGCUCUGUGGGAAGGAAGGUCCCAUUUGCCGAUGUAGCACUUACAGCGUUCCCGAAGUGACAGACCUGGAGUAUGAUCACCUUAUAAACCAGCAACUGUCCUCCAUGGACCAGAUUAUUAUAGUCUAUGUGUUCUCAGAUAAGGAAAAGGACAAGACUAUGAAGGAAGUGAACAAAGUGUACAGGGAGCAGAAUAAAGCUAGAAACAUGCCUUGUACUCAGAGUCGUUUGGAUUCCUUUCGAUUUCUCAAAUACAACAUAAUCUCUGCAUCUAAAUUUACAGGCAGCAAUUAUCCACUUCUGGUUCAAAGGCACAAUGUCACUCCAGGAAUUUUUUUGAUGUACAUCCAAGGAAAAUUACUAUUUGCCAACUUUAUUUUCAAUGGUUACAGCACAUCUGCUAACGACCUUCAGAAGCAAAUUGUGAAGACAAGGGGUGAUUAUCAUAUGGGAUAUUUCCUACCCAGUGACUUCAGAAUCGGGGCUCAACCUACUUCAUGUUUUGGAAAUGAAGAUAUACUUCUCUAAAAAUAAAAAUAAAACAACAUUAAAAAACAACCUCACCAAAGAAAUUCUUAGCAGCAUAUGAUAUCCAGA